GCACUCCGGUUUUGUGUGCAGACACACGCGGGCCGCCUCAGUAUGAGGGAGCCGGGAGCUGCAGGUGACUGAUUCAGGUCUCUCCCGCUGGCGGCCCCUUGAGCCGCCGUUUUACCAGUCAUGGCUAUCGCCCACAUCGCCACCGAGUAUGUCUUCUCAGACUUCCUACUCAAGGAACCGCCCGAGUCUAAGUACAAAGGGCUGCGGCUGGAGCUGGCAGUGGACAAGAUCGUGUCCUGUAUCGCCGUGGGGCUGCCCCUGCUGCUCAUAUCACUGGCCUUCGCACAGGAGAUCACCAUGGGUGCACAAAUAAGCUGCUUUGCUCCAAGUUCCUUUUCAUGGCGACAAGCCGCGUACGUGGACUCUUUCUGUUGGGCCGCUGUACAGCAAAAACACCUUUCACACAGUGACUCUGGCAACAUCCCUCUGUGGCUUCACAAGUUUUUCCCAUACAUUCUUCUUCUGGUGGCCAUCCUACUGUAUCUCCCAUCCUUAUUCUGGCGUUUCACCGCCGCACCUCAUCUCUGCUCAGACCUGAAGUUUAUUAUGGAGGAGCUUGAUAAAUCUUACAACCGAGCUAUCAAAGCUGCCAAUAGCUUCUACAGUUCGGACAGAAGGGACGGGGCCGGCUCCCCCGCCAUCAAUGAAAACGUGGCGCAGAGCGCAUGGGAGAUUUCCGAAAGCCACUUCAAAUAUCCGUUUGUGGAGCAGUAUCUCAAAACCAAGAAAAAUUCUCUAAACCUAAUCGUGAAGUACCUCAUCUGCCGAUCUCUGACUCUAAUCAUUAUUCUGCUGGCCUGCAUCUACUUGGGCUACUACAUCAGCCUUUUCUCUCUGACAGACGAGUUCAGCUGCAACAUCCGCACCGGAAUUUUAAAGAAUGACACCACGCUGCCGUCGCUGAUCCAGUGUAAACUUAUCGCUGUUGGGGUUUUCAAGCUGCUCAGUUAUAUCAACCUCAUUGUCUAUGUCAUUAUGAUGCCGUUUGUAGUCUACGCCAUGCUCGUCCCGUUUAGGAAGAGAACGAACGUGCUCAAAGUGUACGAGAUUCUGCCAACCUUUAGCGUCCAGCAGGCACCUUCGAAAAGUUACGAUGACCUGGGCCUCUUUAUGCUUUUUCUGGAUGAAAACAUAAGUGAGCUCAAGUCGUACAAAUGCCUGAGGGUGUUGGAAAAUAUUAAAGGCAGUGGCGAGGUGUUCGAUACCAUGCAACUGUUAACCACUUUAGGAACCGUGAAAACUGAUACCGUGGAUGGAAAAGUAGCGGCGUUCAAAACCGGAACGGCACCAACUGCAGACGCUGAAAAGAAGACGAUUGAACUUAAGGAUCUGUCCGCAAAUGAUGGUGGGAAAACCUCAAAUGAGGACCAGAAGGUUCGACAGCGACUGUUGGAUUCAUCGUGCUGAUCGUGGGAAGCCUUUGAAAUGUGCGGCAAAUAAAAGGACGGCGCCCGACAGUGUCACGUCUUCCCAACCUGAGAGAGGCCACGUUCGAAAAAUGUACGCCACUGUUCAAAAGUUUGGGGUCACUUAGCGACUUACAUGGAUAUUUCUGGCUGGAACAAAAUUGCUAACGGGUUUUCUAACCAUCAGUUUUAGCCUUUUAACCUUAAGCUUGGAUCUCCAAACGCAACGUGCCAUUGGAACACUGGAGCGAUAAAGGCCUUCUGUACGCCUGUAAAUAUAUUUAUAAAAAAUUAGCAG